AUAACACAAACUUUCUUAAAAGAAAUUCAAUAGCAACACGCAUGGCUUCUCUAGCACGGCUGAACGGUAAACUUUCUUUCGGGAUAGGAUUCGUGUUCUACACUUCUAGUACACAAGCAAGAACGAAAAUAAAUGCGGAUAAGUAAAUACGUAUAUAGUACGUAGCUGGACGUUAAAAGGAGAUGGCAAUUGCGACUGCAUUUUGGUCAUGCCAGUCAUUCCGCCCUACACUGCCCCAAGCCCCCCAAACGAAAAUGCCAAAAAUCGAAGUUUUUGGAAUCUUCAGAAUCGGUCUGCCAGAGCGGAAAUUCCGAACGCGACGAAAUUCCGAGCGCGACGAUAAUUACCAGCCAAUGGCAGCAUUCUCGGGGUGGGCAUGAAUUUUAAUUUCGGCCGUCAUUUUCAUUUUCGACUGGCAUGUUCAUCCCGCCCAAGAAGAUCGCACUGGGCACAUUGUUCAUCCUUGGCCUGUAUACAAGCUGAGCUGCAGUUAAUAACAUAUGUUUCCGGUUUUCAUAACGUUGCAUUAUCUUGCAUGGUAUACCGUGAGAACUUCCGGAGAAAAUGGAGAAUCCCACGAAUGAAAAGCCGAAAGUGUAUCAGACAUUGAAAUGUCCGAAUUGCCAGCUUAGUUACUCUUACUGCAAGGGAUUAGCAGGAAGCCAGUUUCCUUUGAUUUUGAAAUGCGGUCAUUCUGUGUGUUUUCAUUGUAUUGUACAGAAGAUCACCCAAGUAACUGAUCUGUUUUAUGACCAGCUGUUCGACAACAUACUGAACACGAAUGGCACUGAAAGGAAUGGUGCGGCGGUGGGACAUUCUCGAUGCGCGGUUUGCCCAGCGAAAGUGCUGGACAAGCUGACGAUUACCGAAUUAAAAAGGCACGGGAGGAAAUCGUUUCAGGCUGAAGAUGUGCUGCGCAUUUUUCCGUUAGAUCUCUUUACGCUUGGAUGGCUGGGUGUGGAAGAUAAUUUUCCGCGGGAUCUGCUGCCUCAGUGGGGAAAUGUGGAGGCUUAUGACAUGAUUAAGGAACCGACCGAUCAGCCUAAUGAUGGUUACGCUAUAACUACCGGAAAAGCCGGAAAACAAUAUAAAAUGUCCAUUCUCUGUGGACGAUGCGAAAACCGAGAACCGGCUGCGUGUUUGUACUGCGAAACAACGGCGACAUAUCUCUGUGUGCACUGUCAGAAUGACAGUCUCGACGCGAAAGAGGCGCACGAACACCUGUAUUUAUCGCAUGAUGGACAGGUGCUCAACGAGAGGGUCAUGUGCGGAACACACGGAAAGCCAGAAAUGCUUGCUAAUGUGCAGAGCGGUGAAGCGUUCUGUUUGGAUUGCAGUGGCAAUAAGCUGGAGGACGUCCGAAUGUUGAACUGGAAAGCUUUAUCUCGCGUCCAGCCCGCUACGAAACUUGCCAAAAGCGUGGAUAAAGCUACAAAAGACUGUGGGCGAGCAACUGGGAUGCUGAUGGAAGAGUUACUGAAGAACGGGCAAAGUAAAUGUGACGUUUACAUCAGCUUCAUGCAGAAGUUAGCGACUAGUUUUCAGAAUCUUUGCCACAAGCAUUUAACGAAGUUGAACGAUAUGGAUGGGCGGCGACUGGGAUUUCUCUGCCAAAUGGAAUCGCCAAUGGAACAACAGAUUCGCCGAUUGGAGUAUUUGUCGAAAAAGGUCGAGUUUGUGAUGAGAGAGGGAAAAUCGGUGCGGAACACCGAUCUGGAUGAAGAAAUGGAGAGUAUUGUUGAAGAAAUCGUUCAGUUUGAAUUGUUCAACGAAGAUUGCAUCAGGGAUGGGCGGAUUGCCUGGGAGAAAUGUGAAGUGAAGCUCAACGAAGAAAUGUCUCCCGUUCUCCGCCGGGUGUUGGACGAACUAACAAAGAACACGGAUUUUUCCCGUGACACUUUGGAAAAACUGCAGAUGGAAGCAGUUGCUGAUCUGUUGGAAUUUGGAGAGAUACAGGAUGCGCACUGAGCCCCUAUCAGAGUGUUCCAGAGCGAUUAACGCAACCAAGCCCGUCCGAAUACGUCAGUCUGAAUGGAUUUUCGUAAAUGUCACUAAAGGGCGCGGGUCACUUAAUUUUUGUACAGCAGAUCAGGAGCAUUACGUUUUCAAGGACCAAGAAUUAGAAUCUUUUAGUGUUUUCAUUGAUAGUAGAUAGUUUUGCGGAAUGCCUUCAGAUCUUACCUUUUGUGAUUUUUUAAUCAGUUCAUGGUGCUUCUAUUAGUUCUUCGCUUUGAUUUGAUUUCUUUAUGUUGGUGGAGGAGCUCGGUAUCUACGGUUCCUUCACUCUGCUUUGGUUUACGCGUAAAUUCUGAUUUGGUUAUUAAGAGCUUCUGAUGUUCAGUGUGAAUCGUUUUUACCCGAAAUAUGUUCAUAAAAGUUUCCAGUGAAAUGCUAACGUGUC